CUCUGCCUCCUUAAACCAUUUUUAUUUUGCUCCACCGCCUCUCUUUCUCUCUAUCACUGGCUGACUUUCCCACCCUCGACUCAUUUUCUGUCUGAUCGCAUAUGGACUUGAUUGAAUCCAUCGAUGACAUCCCAGUACAAAACCCGUCAGCAGAAGAUUUUUCUGCUGCUGACUUAAAAUGGUUUAAAUAUGGCACUCCAGAACAUCAUGAUGAUGUGGCCCUAGUUCCUUAUGCUAGAGUUGAAGAUUUCAUUUUUGGCGAGUGUUCCAAUGCAGAAGCUCCAACCCGUUUCCACAUUCAGAGAAGGAGGAAACGUUUGCGAGGCAGCUUGAUGGAGUUGAAGAAUGAUGAAUAUCUAGACAAAAGGCACUACUGGUGCUCCUUCGGUCCUGAAAAUUACGGGGAUGAUGGAGUUGUAUUACCUAGCAGAAAGUAUCGACUCAACACUCGAAAUCGUGCAGCUAGACCUCAAUCAAUGCGAGGUUGCCAAUGCCAUUUUGUGGUCAAACGUUUAUAUGUCCGUCCAUCUCUUGCACUUUUAAUUUACAAUGACCGACGCCAUGUGAAUAAGUCAGGAUUUAUCUGCCAUGGUCCACUUGACCGGGAUGCUAUUGGCCCGGGAGCCAAGAAAAUUCCAUAUGUAGGAAAUGAGAUUCAGCAACAAACAAUGUCAAUGAUUUAUCUUGGCAUCCCUGAGGAGAAUGUUCUAGAGAAACACAUAGAAGAGAUUCAACGUUAUGGUGGGUCAGAUGCGAAAGUCAAUGCUCUUGCUUCUCAGUAUGUUCAUAAACUCGGAAUGAUAAUAAAGCGGUCUACGCACGAACUGGAUUUAGAUGACCAAGCUAGUAUACGAAUAUGGGCUGAUCGUAAUAAGAGACUCACUUUUUAUUUUCAAGAUUCUUCUGAAAAUGAACCGUUUAUUCUUGGGAUCCAAACUGAAUGGCAGUUGCAGCAAAUGCUUCGUUUUGGACAUCACAGCUUUAUAGCAGUUGACUCGACGUUUGGAAUCAAGAGGUUAAAGUAUCCUCUGUGUACGCUUCUGGUAUUUGAUUCGAGACAACAUGCACUCCCUGUAGCAUGGGUCAUUACUCGGAGUGUUGCUAAAUCUGAUAUCUCUAAAUGGAUGAAAGCUCUAAUUGACCGUGUUCGUGCUAUUGACCCCACAUGGAAGGCAAAUGGGUUUUUAAUUGAUGAUGCAGCGGGAGAGACUGAUCCCAUAAGGGAGAUAUUUUCAUGUCCUAUAUUAUUUUCUUUAUGGCGUGUUCGUCGGUCAUGGCUGAGACAUAUAGUCAAGAACUGUAGGAACAUUGAAGUUCAAAGAGAAAUUUUCAAGCGCCUGGGGGAAAUAGCUUACAGCAUUUGGGGCGGGGUAAAUCCGUUAGCAGUCCUGGAGAAAUUCACCCUUGAUUUUGUUGAUCAAACAGACUUCAUGCAGUAUUUCACUGCUACAUGGGUGCCCAAGAUUGAAAUGUGGUUAACAACAAUGAAAACUUUCCCUAUUGCAAGUCAAGAAGCGUCUGGUGCAAUUGAAGCUUAUCAUGUGAAGUUAAAAAUGAAACUUUUUGAUGAUUCACAUCUUGGUUCACUCCAAAGAGUUGAUUGGUUGGUGCACAAGUUAACAUCUGAGUUGCACUCUAGUUACUGGCUGGAUCGCCGUGCAGACGAAAGUGAUUCGUUCCUACCAGUGAAGGAGGAAUACAUUAAUUCUACAUCAUGGCACCGUGCGUUACAAAUUCCCGAUGCGGAUGUAACCUUAGACAACGAAAACCACCUUUUUGCUAAAGUGGUUGGUCAAAAGGAUAGAAACUGUAUGCAUCUAGUGUGGAAUCCCGGGUCUGAGUUUGCCUUUUGUGAUUGUGAAUGGUCAUUACAUGGCAAUCUCUGUAAGCAUGUUCUCAAAGUCAAUAUGAUAUGUGAGAAUCAACAAGGGUAUCCAAGUUCAAUGUCCUUUCAGUCAUAUCAAGAGAUACUUGUAAACAUGCUCAAAAAACCACCUGAUGAUUCACUUGAACUCGAUUUAUCAACAGCCUGGUUGCAUCGGAUUUUGGAUCAAAUUCAGAAACUCGUUGAAUUGAACAAGUCAACUGAUAUUGGCACUGUAGUGAAUAAUCUUCCUUUGAAGUGGGGUGAGAAGAAAAAGAGAAUAUCAUUAGGCAAGCCAGCAACCGUGAGGCUUACUUUGGGACCGACCUCUCCAAAGAACAAUAUUAUUCGUAAGAAGAAUCGUAAGAGGAAAAGAUUGUCAUGUAUAAGAGAUCCUUAAAUGACGGCCAUCUUAAAUGCUGUUUUUUUCAAAUCCGUAAUCCCAUAAUACAGAAAUUAGUUAGUUUAGCGAGCACACCAUUUGAUGCCCGUCUUGGUUGUUUUGUGGUUGAAAGUGGAAGAGUACAAUAAAGUUACCAGAGUUGUACAUAGCAUUAUUUUGUUUUUUGUUUUUAUCCUGGAGCAAAUACUUAACAUUUUUUUGCUCUACGCUGUAUAAAUCUCGCCAGUUUUUUCAUCUAUUUGAUUGCUGUAUCUACAGGUAAGGUUCCUAUC